CUUUCUUCUCCAUUAAGAAGGAAUCAGAUUAGUGCUUAACCAACUUAACCCACAAGGGAUUAGAGAUUAACCAACUUAUGUUGUUGUUGCUUCAUUGAUUUGAGCAAUGGAUAACAGUUAUCUCCCCAUGGAUCCAGCUAUGGACUCUUCAUUCAUGGACGGUUUGCUUCUAGAUGGUUGCUGGUUAGAGACAACAACAGAUGCUUCUGAGUUCCCAAACUUUAGUCCUUCAACUUCCCUAGCCAAUGCCCCAUUUGAUCCUUCUUCCUUCAUGUGGCAAGACACAGCAGCAAUAUGUUCUUCUUCCACCUUAUCUCAGAUGUAUGGUCAGGGUGUUGCAGAAAGGUCUAGUCUUGAGGAUCUCUCUACCCUGAACAGACGGUGGUGGAUUGGUCCAAGUGGUGGUCAUGGCUUUUCUGUUAUGGAGAGAUUGGUUCAAGCAGUGAAACACAUUAAAGAUUUCACUAGUGAGAGAGGUGACUCUCUUAUACAGCUGUGGGUGCCUGUGGAUAGAGGUGGUAAGAGAGUUUUAACCACAAAGGAACAGCCUUUUAGCCAUGAUCCAAUGUCCCAAAGGCUUGCUCAUUACAGAGAGAUCUCUGAGAAGUAUCAAUUCUCUGCUGAACAAGAUGAUUCAAGUUCCAAGGACUUGGUUGGUUUGCCUGGGAGAGUUUUCUUGGGGCAGGUUCCUGAGUGGACUCCCGAUGUUAGGUUUUUCAAGAACGAGGAGUAUCCUAGAGUCCAACAUGCUCAGGACUGUGAUGUCCGUGGGACUUUAGCUAUUCCUGUGUUUGAACAAGGUAGUAAGACUUGUUUAGGUGUUAUUGA